AUGGAGUUUUCUAGUAGUGAAAAAAUUGCAGGUCCAAAAGUGGCUUCAGAUUUUGUGCUACUUCUCCUUCUUACCGUAGCAUCCGAAGCCACGAUUUCAUGCAAGCAAGUGGUCCUGCACGUGCAGCCUUGGGUGAGCGGGAACGGGAAGCCGCCAGCCGUGUGUUGUGCCGUGGCGUCCAAGGCGCCGUCCUCAGCGGAUAAGAGGGCCGCUUGCGAAUGCAUCAAGUCUGCGUCCAAGUUUUUUAAGAUCAAACCUAACUUGGCCGAGGCUCUUCCGCAGAACUGCGGCAUCAAAUUGCCUUUUACUGUUUCUCUCAACAUGGAUUGUUCCAAGUACUGUUCUAUUCAUGACUGA